AAAGUUUUCAUAGGUUACGAAACAAAAGAGAUUUUCUUAUUGUUUCCCUUUUCUCCCCGAUUGUUUCAGCCAUUAUGGAUUUUGUAGACAGCCAUUAUGAAUCAGAUUGCUCAAAACAAAACCGCAAAGGAGGAAAAGAGAAUUACAAGUUUGCGCGGACAGGCUAGUAACGCGAUUACUUUCGAGAGAGUGGUGUAAAACAAACUCAAUUGGAGUCAUUCAACAAUAAACAUUUUUAAGAUGCAGUAGAUGAAGGAUGUUCAAAAAUGAAUUCCAGGGAGGUUCAGCACUGGAGAUACUGACUAUCCAGGCAAAGGACAUAACUACAAAAUGCAAACUGCUAGGAUCUUCAUUAAAUGGAGGCCAAAGAGACUUCGACAAAACUAUCAAAAGCUAUAUUUUGACAUUAGAAGGGGAAUCAACACAGACCAAACUAGUCAUUCCAAAAGAUGACAAACAGAGUUUAUGUAUUUUGCAGUCAUAUCUGAUUAUCCAGCUAUGGGUAGCAUCAGGUGCAAGCUUCUCUCUAGAAGCAAUGAUAUCAGACUCAUCAAAUCAAAAAAGAAGAAUAUUAAUGUCAACAAAUUACAAAGAUGUUUCCGUCACUUCAUUUCAUGUAAAAAUCCCUCUCACACUACUUAAACGUGGAUUGUGGCUCAAUCUAUGUCUUGAUCUCAAGUCAAUUGUUGCAGAUAGUUUCAAAGGAAUUACAUUUAAAAGUCUAGAGAGUAUAACAGUAUGUGCAAACUGUAAGCUGAGGAGAAUUUUUACCAUGAAAACACAACCAAAGGAUGAUUUUGACGCACAUCCUAAUGAACAGUAUAUUGAACUUGAUCAGAUCCCAAAGUCAAUGCAGUUUCCUGCCACAUCAGAAUGCCAACAUGCAACUCAGGUAUGAAAUAAGCUGUUGAAAAAUUUAUCAUGUACCUUUUCAGUAAGCUUGAGAGCAGGAUAAUCUUAAGGUAUUGAGCUCAAGGUCACAAAAUAGUAAGCUAAUCUUGAGAUUGUGAGCAUAAUCUGGAGAUAGUCAGCUUAUCUUGAGAUAGUGAAUUCAAAUAAACUGAACAGUUAAGGCUGCAGAUGUAUGCACCUUUUUUUGUUUCAAGAUCCCUCAUCUUAUACCAGUGUCUUAACUUGCAUGUGCAUCAACUACAAAUAACAUCUGGGGCAAAUCAAGGCUAGUUAGUGUGCCUUUUGGGGGAAAUUGAGGGCACAUCUACCUAGUUCUCAUCUGGAUCACUUUUUUGUAUUUUGUCUAAAUUUAGUGAGAAGAUGUAUGAGGAGGAACAUACUUUUUGUAUGAUUUUAAAACUGCUUUUACGUAACCAAAAUUGAGUCAUGGGCAUUUUCUUCAUGUAAAAUUGGUGUUCCUUUUUGUUAAAAGGGUGUUUUCAGAUGGCAAAUAGGGAAUGAACUAAAAAUGACUGUUUUGCCCCCCCAGAGCCUGUUGGCUGGCACUGCUGCUGUUAAUUACUUUGGGUGGAUAAGGUUUCAAGUAAAUCAUCUUGUGAUCCCCUAAAUAAACAGGUGCAUGCUACACUACACACUGUUCUUUUAUGUAGCAAAUAGGUUCAGCAGAAGCAAUAUAACAGGCCUCUCCGUGAGCAUUUUAGCGGGCGCGUGCUCAAACGCGCGCCUCGCCUUGCUAAGGCGCGCGUUCUACCAAAAAAAUAUAUUUACGUUAAAGUAGACAAAAACGGCAUGUUUUCGCAUGUAAAUACUUUGUAUCUAGAAAUAUCUAAACAAACUACUUAAUAAUGCACUAAAAGAAAAACAACACAUUAUUGUUGCAGUUCGUCAAUGUCC